AUGUCAUCAUCUAGUUCCAACAUCAAAGAUUUGGAAAAAUGGUUACAAGAUUAUCUCAAUGAAACAAUAAAAAAAAAAGGAUUCCGUGUUUCACGAUUUCCAAAAGAUGAUGAAGAAAGCGAUACUGAGAUAAAAGACCCUGACCGAAUACAUAAAUGUAUCACUGUAGUUUUUGAGGUUGACAAUAAAGAAAAUUUGGACCUUUAUUUGAAUGAAGAGACACCAAAGAUUCAAAAAGCUUUACAAGAUAAAUUCAAUUCCAAAAAUGCCUCAGUGGUUUCUUCAUGUCGAUCAGAUAUUAUUGGGCCUGAUUUUUGUAAAUUAAUUGAAAAAGUUACUCUAGGAAGGUUGAUUUCAACAGUUUUCCCAAAAAUAAAAAGCUUGAAACCAAAAUAUAACUUCGAUUGGAUAAAAGAUUUACAACCAAUCAACCCACAAAUUUUUGCUGAAAUUGAUGUUGUGGACUUCACCUAUAAUCUCCCAUAUUUUACUCGAUUGUUAUUUGAUCAUUCAAAAGAUAAAUUCAAAAAAAUCAAAUCAAUGACUAUUGAUGAUUUUGUCAUGGAUGUGGAAAAUAUUGAUGUGGAAUUUCAACAAUUUUUUCCUGUCUAUCAUCCUGUCUACGUAUUUACAGAGGCAUCUUCUACAGAUAAAAGCUAUCAAGUUGUUGAUGCUUACAAUUGUCAAUUAAUUGAUCCAUCAGUAAGCAAUUUUGACUCUAUAAAGUACUCUCUUGGUUUUGGCCUUCCUGAUAGAUUUUUAUUUGGUGCAUAUUUCUUAAAUAUGCUUGAUAAGAUUGAUGAUAAUUUUAAUGACAUUGUAACAAAUGCAGAGAAUCAUUAUAUGUUGCCAAUCAAUUGGGAUUUGGGUAUCAUUCAACCUUUCAGAGAAAGGUUUGAAGCAAAUCAGCAAUUUUUGGAAAUUGUUGAAAAAUAUUAUGGAUUAUUAUCAGAAUUGAAAGCUCUAUAUUAUAAUAAUGGUUCAUACAAACCAAGUUAUUGUAGGAAUUUUGAUGAUUGGAUCAGUUAUAUUAAUAUGACUAAUGGAUGGAAAGAAAUUUAUAAAAAAUUAAAGAUUCCUUCAGAUCUGCCUAGUUUGUCUGUUUUCUCGCAAUACUUUUAUACUGUAAAAUCUGGAUUUUUCCAAUCAGUAAAUGCAAGUGGUAUAAAAGAAAAAUUACAUAAAUUUGAUCAUAAAUUUUCAUUAAAAAAUAAAUUCCCUGGAUCAACUUCUACUCCAUAUCUUGGAGUGAAUCUUGGUAGAGUGAAUCUUGAUGGAGUGAAUCCUGAGUGA